CGCAGCGGUAAGAUUGUGAGGUAGCGAAUCGCAAUAAAAUUACAUGGGAAGUUUCUUAUCUCAAGAUCGAAAAAACGUUUUUCUUAGUCGAUGGUCGAGGUUGGAGGUGGAUGGAUUAUGAAAAAUCGUCGCAGUGUGUGCCUGACGUGAAAGAAGUGAGGGGAAUAAUAAAAUGUGAAAAUGGCGACGUAUUUAAAACGUACGUCAAAAUUGUACGAUUUAUCGUUGAUCGGUAGUGCCGAGGGUGACGUUAAUUUGCGUGAUUUGAUGUGCCCGAUUUGCCGUGGAAUUUUAAUCGAGCCUGUUACUUUACCCUGCACCCACAAUCUUUGUCUGCGUUGUCUCAAGGGCACUUUUGAGCAUAACAGCUUAAGUUGUCCCCUUUGCCGUGUUAGAGUCGGUUCUUGGCUUCGGACCGCCACCAAAUCCGAAACUCUCGUUAAUUCAGCGUUAUGGCAAUUAAUUAGAUCGAGAUUCCCCAAAGAGGUCGAGGGCAAACACAACGGUGUCGAACAAGACAUACAACUACAUUCUGGCUUUGCAUCCAAGAAAAUAAUAUUGAGCGCAGCAGGUGAAAUAAGGCGAGAAUAUGAGGCGCAACUGCAAGCUGCCGAAGAGGAAAUGCGAAGAGAGCGAGAAGCGGAAAGGUUGGCGAACGAAGCAUUAAUUAGGAAGAUUCAGGCAGAGGAGGAGGCAGACAAAUUGUCACAACUGGCUAGUGACAGAUUACUGGCAAAAACGUUUGCUAAAAAGCAAUUGCUCAACAAAAACAAAAGUGUGGGGAAAUUGUAUGAGGCGAAAGACAGCGGGAAUUUAGAUUUGUCUGUGAAUAAGAGCGAACAGUUGAAUUCGGUGAAAAAUUCCAGCUCAGAACGAAUGGAAAGGAUUAGUCAAAACUUGGCACAAAAUUUAGUAACGAGAAACGUGACGAAUCAACCUGUCAACAAAUACUCCAAUUUAAUAGCCGAACCUGGCUGCUCGGGAACACAAAUUUUUGGCUCUCGCACUAAGGAAGAAUUGCACGUACCCAUCGACAUUUUAAGCAGCAAAAAGAAAAUUCUCGACGUUGAAGUUUGUCUCAACAAAAAUGACAACGACGAACGCAUUGGCAGUGCUGAAAGCGCUGGCAGCCACGAUAGCAUCAAUCAGGAAAUUCAUCAUUUUAAACCCAUUAAACCGAUACCUCGCACUUCUCUAAAAAUGUCACCGGAUGGCAGACCCAUCGAUCCUAAACUCAUCAAAGUCGUUCCAAUUCUAAAACGCGUUUCCAACGCUGUACCAAAACCUCCCUUGCCUACUCAUCUUAAGAGGAUACUCGGCUGCAGUUGGAGCGCUUUUAGAGGGAAAGCACGUAAACAUAUGGAGGAGCGAGAAAAAGCGAUGGCGGGCGAGAACGGGACUGGGUCAGUGGAUCAAAGCGAGCAACCGACGAGCAAAAGAAUUCAAAAAUGUAGCGAAACGUCGAAAAGGCUGGAUGUGGGGGGACCGGAAGUGGGAGUGUUUGCCGACGCGAAUAAGAAUUACGCGAAGAGUAUAAAUCGGAUAUUGAACGGCACGAAAGUGAGUAAGAAAUUGAUACUCGAUGAAACAGCGGAAUCGACGUCACGGUCGAGCAGAGGAAAGAAAAUUCAGGCGAUCGGCAAAACGAAAAAGAGCGGCGGUCCUGAGAAGCGGGAGGAGGAAAAUGGCUCGGAAAAUUCGUCGCCGGAGGAGGGGCCUCCGAAAGGGGUCGGAGUCGAUUCUUCCACGGUGGAGAACAUCGCCGAGCGAAUAAAGCGUCGAAAACUAGAAAACUCAACGACUUUAUCAAAAAAUUCAUCAACCUCGUCGCAAAAACGGAAGGAAAAUUCUCAAAAAAUCGCUGGUAAACGGAGAAAAGUUACCGAAGACUCGGACAAAGUCGAUUCCAUCGAAAAUUCUCCCGAUCAAAGUCCCACGCGCUUGAGAAGCGACAAGAACCGCGACAAAAAGUCGAAAAAUCUUCAGAACGGCGCCCUCACCGGAAACUCCGAUUUCCACGAGGAAAACAAGUGCGAUCUCGAUCGAGAAAUCAUCGAGGAACAAUCUCGUAUGGAAAGACUUAUUUCCCAAGAGAAAAAGGAUUUCGAACUCGCCAUGCGACUCCAGGCGCAAUUCGACGACAUGGAAAGAAUCGCCGGACGUACACGCGGCUCCAAGCGAGCGAUGGCCCUCAAUCACGACAAUUCCAAUCAUUUUAUCGACCUCAAAAUCGAUCGGUUAAGUAGAAAUACUGCCAAACAACGUCCUGACGCAACUCAGACUCGCAAACAACGCCGAAAACCUCAGAAACAAGCCGUUAAAUAAUCCUCGAGUCCACCAAUCUACAAAUACUUUUCAUUCUUCAUAAACAACACCGUAAAAUAAUGAAAAAUUCUUUUUUAAAUUUACUUUAUCACUAGAGAGCUUUGCGAAUAUCGAUUUUAUCGAAAUUCAAACAAAUUUCUCACCCCGUUGCUUUCCAUUUGUUCAUCGAGGUCGAACCCCGUCAAAAUCGAAUUCGACUAGAAGCUUCGUCUCUGAACUUCCCCGAACAACUUUCAAAUUGGCUGAAUCCCAGAAAGAAUUGCCAAGUUCGAAGUUUUUAGCAGAAAAACCAUGAACAUUCAAUAGAAUCGCGUGAGACUCGAUCCAGUGUGACUUCGAUGACGAAUGGAAAACAAACGUGCAGAAACCGAAUCAAAAUGUUGAAUCAUGAAAGGAAAACGAUCUAAAAAUAUUUCCGAUAGAAAUGAGAGUUUUCGGAGCGAUCGAGAUUGCGCGAUUGGCACGAAAUUUUUUAAGGCGACUUGAGAAUAGAUCGAGGAAUCGACUCAAUACUUUGUGGACGAGUCGAUUGUUCGACGAUGAAGAACGAGAUCGAACAACUUUGGUUCACGAGCCUCAAUUGCGAACCCUCCAACAAUGGAUGUUCCUAUGAAACUGUCACGCGCAAAGUAUCGCGUGGUGAAAAAAAAAAAAAAUAUUGAAAAAACAAAAGAAACAAGUAAUUACGAAAUCCGCAAUUUAUUAAUUUUAACGCCACAGAGAAAUGAAUUUAUUUUGAGGAAUUGGAAAGUCCGUCGGUGUGAUCGGCCGUUGGCAACGUUUCGACUUUUCCCUUCGUUUUUUAUCUGAAUUUGCAUAUGUGAAAAUUUAUUUUUUCACUUUCGUUCACUUCGAUAAUCGUUCCUGAGGGUUUUUCCAUUAAAUAAUUGAUCGAUUGAUCGAGCAUUCAAAAACCAGUGUCUUUCUUUAGGUGCAAAAAUCCAAAAGCUCGAAGAAGCAUUUCUUCAAUGGUCGAUCACGUCGACCCUCAUUCCCGGCUGUAAAUAAAAUCGUGAUUCAGAUACGAGAGAAUAAAAAAACAAACAAAAACGAGCAUAAAAAUAACAUGCGUACCUGGAAAAUGGUAUACACAUAAAUCAACAAAAAUCUAUAAAUAAACAAAUGAAUUAAUGAAUAAACGCUAAGUUAGGGACUAAGAAAUAUUUUUUAAUCAUCGCCCGAUCUUCGAAGUUAGAAAACAGUGGCGGGGGAGAAGGGGCAGAGAAAAGAGGAAAGAAGAAAAAUGUGGGCGAUAAGUUCGUUUAAAUGAAUAGCAAUUUUUUAAGUCGCUCUUCUUCCCGUGUCCAACGUUCAUGUUGUUUAUUCGUCAAUAUUCCGUUUCUGUGUUUUCGUUUCCCAUGUGUUUUGUCCACGAAGAUGAUUAAUUUCCUACCAGUAUUAGAAUAAUUCUUUCGCUUAUUUUCUUUUUUCUUCAAUUUUACAAUAAAAUUAAUGAAUCCACGAUAAAUUUAAUUGUUUAGAAAAAUGAUAUACGGAAAAUUCGAAAAAUCAUGAGAAAAAAAAUAGAGUCGUUCGAAGUUCCAAUCGUUCGAGAAAUGUCAUUGGCAACUUUGACUCUUCCCACAAAGGCAUUUCUAAUUAAUUCGUUUAAUCAAUCGAUUUAUUGUAUUCAAUAUUAUUAUUAUUAUUAUUAUUAUUAUUAUUAUUAUUAUUAUUUUAUAUCGAUUAUUAUAGAUUCGUUGAAUCAACGACGAAUACGCAAUAGAAGAUAAAAAAGUGAGAAAAUGAGAGAAAAAAAUGCAAAAGGAACACCAAUAUUUUGUACGAGCAUUGUUACGAAUUUAGAUUAAGAAAGUUUUGUCUAUUGAAACAUUAAAAAUAUGAGAAAAAAAGAAACUAAAACGCCCUCUAACGUUGCGAACAAAUGACAUGAAAAUGUGUCCUGAAUUUAUUGAGGAUUCGAACGUCCCUCGAAGAAUUUAGACGUUUCUGAGUGAUUUUCGCUUCAAUCACACGAUGUUUAUAUAAUUAUUUGCAAAGUUAUGAGUAUUUGAAAAUCUUUAUUUUGUAAAAUCUCUCGAUAAACGCACCGAUCCCAGUUUACAUUUUUGACAUCACCGUGCAGCAUCGUCGUUCGUUAAAUAUAAUGUACAUACGAUAAUAAUGCAAUCGAACACGUUCUUGCGAAAGAAAUAUUUGCAGUAUUUUUGGCGGAGCAAAAGAAGCAAGAAAUUUUGUCGGAUUUUAUUAUUUUUUUUUUCUUCAUUUUUUCUGCUUCUUGUUUUUUUUACACUUUCCCUUCCGCCAUAAGGCGGCCCCUGGCCGUAAAAAAUGAUUCGUCCGAACACGGAGCGAAUCCAUCGAAUUUAUUUGUUUUAUCGUCGAGUUCUACGAUCGUCAAUUUAUAUUUGUAAAUUUCCUUCUCCGAAUAUCUCACAAAAUAGUGGCUUUAAGGAGAACAUUUAUUGCACUUUCUCUCCUGCCUUUUGAAGCUGAAUUCGUCUAUGUCCGUGCGCUAAAAUUUUCAAAUAUCUCAUCGACAAAAUGUUCCCUCGUGAAAAGAACAAAUUGAUACUCUCAUCGUGAAGCACGGCCGAUCGUUCGAUUAAAAUUAAUGAAAAAAAUCACGCUGAAAUCGUCCAUCCCUUCGCGAGCCAAGAACCAACUUUGGGGGCUGCGGACGAAAAUAAUAUUAUUAUGUCCAAUAAUGAUAUGUGUGGUGAAAAAAUUCAUUGUACAGAUGGCAAAUCAAAAUACAGCCACUUAAUGAAAAUGAAUAAAUGAAAAAAAUUAAAAAAAAAAAAAAAAUAAAAGAAUAAAAAAUAUUGAAGAUUUCCAAGUGAAAUCACUCAAGGCAACAAAAUAUCGUCGAUUAUUAUUAUUGUAUUUAAUAACGGUACUAUAGUUUACGAAAUAAAAUAAAUAGACCUAAUCGAAAUUGAGGGAGAGAAAUAGGAGGAGGGGGGAGGGAAGUAAUGCAGCAAGAAAAAAGGCCAAAAGUGUCUCUCGACGCUUUUGACCGUUUUUUUUUUCAUUUUCUUUUUUUAGUAUGAAGUUUUAUACAUAAUGUUAUAAAUACGUGCUUGAAAACAAAUGAAAAAGAUGCGAGACUGCGAAAAAAAUAGCGGAAACUCGCGAUCAAGAAUCUGAGGAUAUUGAAAAAACGAAAAAUGAUUGUAUAAAAAAAUCCACUCGACCACAGUUCCUUUCACUUCCGCUAUUCAUUUUGCACUCUGUAUAUACGAAUAUGGAGCAAAUAAAAAGAAAAUAAUUAUUCA